AUGCUCAACAGAUCAAUAGCAUCGGUCGCCGCAGCAACAGCAGCAGGGACAUCGUCUCUAGCAGGCUGGUCCGCGUCGACGUCCCGCGCGGCUGCUUGCUCGGCUGCUCUCGCACGGCAAGCUUGCACGAUCUGCUGCAUGCCGCCACCAACGCACAUCGCCGUGCUCGGUCGAGGCUUCCAGACGUCUGCCCUCGUCGCGAGGGGUGGCCCGCCACGAGGCGGCUCCAAGUCGGGCGGAGCGGCUCGCUUCGGCAGCGGCAAGGGCAAGGACAGGCGCGACCGCUCUGGCAAGCCCCGAUUCGGCGACAACCGGGGGAAGAAACGCAUCGAGGCCGACUUUUCGAUACCCGAACCACCCACCGCACAGCACGUUGCGCGGCAGCUCGUAGACAAGAUCGAGUCGUUGUCGGGCAACCCUCAUUUUCCGGCGCAGCUCGUGGUGUACGGGAUCAAGGGCGAUGCAGCGCGUCAAGUGCUGCAGCUGUAUACACCGUCCAAGACACCACUGGCGGAUCAGGAGCUGGCAUUGAAGCUGUUCAGGACGUGGUCCGAGGAGGCGCAGGACGAGAUGAUGAACAUCGCACUGCUGCACGACGGCGGGGAGGUGCAUCGGCCCGUGGUGUUUGGCUAUCUGCCGGACGCCAUCUCGUCCUUCACGGUCGAGGGUGAGGCGUGUCUGGGCCGCUUCUGCCUGUCUGCGUUUCUGGACUGGAUGGACAGCGGGUACGCGCGCGUCGAGACGUCCGGCAACGCAGGCGAGAUCUCGCUGGCUCGGUCGCAGCUGAUGCUGCUGCGUUCGUGCAUGGAUCUGCGCCUUCCGGCGCACCAGUAUCCGCGCGCACGCACGAUGCUGCGCAGCAUCCACCUGCACGUCGGCCCGACCAACUCGGGCAAGACGCACGGCGCGCUCGUUGCGCUGAGCAAGGCGCGCACGGGCGUCUUCGCCGGUCCGCUUCGGCUGCUCGCGCACGAGGUGUGGGACCGCUUCAACACGGGCACCAUCUCGCCCGGCGUCGCGCCGCGCGCCUGCAACCUGGUCACGGGCGAAGAGCAGCGCACCGUCGACGCGCUCGCCGGCCUGGUGAGCUGCACGGUCGAGAUGGUGUCGACUUCGAGCAGCGUCGACGUGGGCGUCAUCGACGAGAUCCAGAUGAUCGGCGACCCGCAGCGCGGCUUUGCCUGGACCGCCGCCGUGCUCGGACUGCCGGCCAAGGAGCUGCAUCUGUGUGGCGAGGCGAGCGUGAUCCCGCUCAUCGAGAAGCUCGCCGAGGCAUGCGGCGACCACCUCACCAUCCACCGGUACGAGCGUCUGACGCCGCUGAGCGUCGCUGACGAGUCGCUCCACAACGACCUGGCUCAGAUCGAGCGAGGCGACUGCAUCGUCGCGUUUUCGCGCUCGGGCAUCUUUGCGCUCAAGCGCGAGAUCGAGCAAAAGACGGGGCUGCGGUGUGCGGUGGCGUACGGUGCGCUGCCGCCCGAGACCAAGGCGGAACAGGCGAAGCUGUUCAACGAGGGCAAGCUGGACGUCAUGGUGGCGAGCGACGCCAUCGGCAUGGGUCUCAACCUGCGCAUCAAGCGCGUUGUGUUCGACACGCUCACCAAGUGGAACGGUUCGGAGGAGGUGACGCUCUCUGCUAGUCAGAUCAAGCAGAUCGCGGGGCGUGCGGGUCGUUACGGGACGCAAUCCGCCUCAACCAAGCCUGCGGAUCUGGGCGGCAUUGUGACCACGCGCCACGAGCACGAGCUCGAGGUGCUGCGCGCCGCGCUCGCAUCUCCGCUGCGUCCGAUCACGCGUGCAGCGAUCCAGCCUGCGCGCGAGGCGCUGUCUCAGCUCUCGGCGAUGCUGCCCAGUGCCAAGCCGGGCGGUGGGCUGCGUGCGCUCUCGCAGCUGUAUGCCGACGUGGCGCUGCUGGCGCGCAUCGAGGCGGCACACUACUUUGUGGCCGACUUUUCGCAGCAGCUCGCCAUCUCGCCGCUCGUCGAGUCGGCCUCGGCAGGCAUGCUGACCGUGGCGGAGCGCGAGACGUUUUCGAAUGCACCGGCCAAUAUGCGCGACGAACGCGUGGUGGCCUUUCUCACCUCGGCGGUCGCCCAGUUCUCGCGCGGCGGCCUGGUGCGCUUCGACCAAGCCGCCGACGCACUGGGCAUGCUCGAGGUGGAAGAGCAGCUGGUCGAGCUGAUGGAACAAGCCACCGAAGCGCGGCGUCGCGCCACCGAAUCGGCCAAUUCCACCGCCCCACCCAGCGACCCCCUUCCGCUCGUAGCCUACCUGGGCCACAACAGCGGUGCGGGUGGAGGUGGGAGUGGCGCGCAUCCGCUCAUCAACAUCGCCACGCUGCUGGUGGUGGAAUCGCUCCACCGAUGCUUCACCCUCUACCUCUGGCUGAGUUUCCGCUUCCCGCUCGCCUUCUGCUACCGUGCCGAGGUGGACCGGCGCAAGAAGCGCGCCGAGAUCGCGAUCGAUUUCGUGCUCGAGGGCAUCCGAUUUGGAAGGGCCAAGCGACUGCAGGCGCUCGGAAGGGCACCACCACCGCACAAGCGAUAG